AUGACUGCUCAGAGCGCGACGUUGAAGAUAUUUGUCCUGAGACAUGGGCAGAGCGAGUUGAACCAUGAGAACAUCUUCUGUGGAUGGAUCGAUGCGAGGCUGACGGAAAAGGGGAAGUCGCAAGCUGCGCAUUCCGGUGAGCUCAUUAAGCAGUACUGCGAGGAGCACAACGUGCCCCUGCCCCAAAUUGGGUACACUUCGCGGUUGGUGAGGACGCAGCAGACCAUGGAGGCCAUUUUGAACCAGCUGCAUUUGAGACCGGAUUUCCAGGUGAUUGGUGGUGAUGCAGCGCAGUUGAAACAACUGCCAUUCCCCAAUGAAACAGACAGUGACGUGAUCCCCGUUUUACAGACUUGGAGACUUAACGAAAGACAUUACGGUUCCUGGCAGGGCCAGAGGAAGCCAAAGAUACUGAAGGAAUACGGUGACGAGGAGUACAUGUACAUCAGAAGAGACUACCAAGGUAAGCCUCCUCAUGCUGAUUUGAACUUGGAAAUGGUCCAGCAACGAGGGGAGGUCGGUUCCCUGACCGGUUACGAGUUCAAGGAACCCAACAGACAACAAAAAUACGCCGUCGAGGAGGGGCAAGGUGAGAAACUACCGGAGAGUGAGUCCCUGAAGGAGGUGGUCGACAGAAUUAACCCAUUCUUGGAUAACGUUGUUUUGCGGUUUGGCAAAGAGCAAAACCUGGCAUCCUGUUUGGUCGUUGGACACGGAAGUUCUGUUAGAUCGAUCCUGAAAGUGUUCGACAACAUCUCCGACGACGACAUCAAGGAUAUAGAUAUUCCAAACGGGAUCCCGCUGGUCUUGGAGCUCAACAGAAACGACUUCUCACCUGUCAAAAGAUUUUAUCUGGAUCCUGAAUCCGCGGUGAUCAACGCCGCUAAAGUCCGCAAAGAAGGGUUCGAGAAAAACCCAUGA